CUCAAGCAGCUGCAGCCAGCUAUAGGACAGCUGGGAGCCCUGUCUUCAGUGGAGGCUGCUGUGUGCUGAAAGCUCAGAGUUGCUGGCUCUUCUCUCAUCCUCCCUGGGUCUGUCACUGCCUGGGGCUAUUCAUGGCUUUCUGGAAGAAGGCUCAGUCAUUGCAGCAGUCCUCCAAGGCUAGAUUUUCUUUGUUGUUUCUGGACCAAGAAGAAUAUUUUUUUGAGCAGCACUUAGCCUGUCAUAUAUCCAAAGAAAAUGAUCAUUCUGAAAGGAAAAUCCGCGGCUCACUUAAAGUAUGUUCAAAAUCCCUUAUUUUUGAACCUGAUGAUAUAAAUAAACCUAUAUACAAGAUUGCCCUGCGGGACUGCACAAGAAUUGAUGAAGUGGAAGAUGGAAACACAGAAUUAUUAUUCUCAAGCCACUCACACAGGCGAUUCUCUGUGCUAUUUACUCAGGUUUACCUCAUUAAAGAGCAGAACACAGUAGCACCUUACCGAAUUGAACGUGGUGAAAACCGUUUUAUCUUUCAGCUGGAGGAAUCUAGGAAGCUUGAUGAUGUUGUUCAAACUUUGCAUCAGCUUCAAAGAGCGUCUUACCUAGACAAGCUUGGAGAUCAGACUGCUAUGAUAACUGCAAUUCUCCAGUCACGUUUAGCCAGAACAUCAUUUGAUAAGAAUAGCUUUCAAAGUGUGUCUGAAACUUCAAACAUGGAAUGUGAAGCAGAAAUGGUGACACCGCUUGUCAGUAAUCCUGGGCAUGUGUGCAUUACUGAUAAAUGCCUAUACUUCCAGCCAUUAAAUGGUUACCCGAAACCUGUGGUUUACAUUAGUCUUCCAGAUAUCCGUCGAAUAUAUAAGAGAAGACAUAUGUUGAUGCCUGUGGGACUGGAGGUGUUUUGCACAGAAAACGACUUGUGCUCAGAUAUUUACCUUAAAUUUUACAAUCCGAAAGAUCGUGAUGGACUCUACUACUACAUUGCAGCUUAUCUAGAGAAUCAUUUGGCCGAGCAAACAGCAGACUGUUAUAUGCUACAGUGGCAGAUGGGACACAUUUCAAAUUACCAAUAUCUCCUGCACCUCAAUAACCUGGCAGAUAGAAGCUGUAAUGAUCUUUCUCAGUACCCUGUAUUUCCAUGGGUCCUAUCAGAUUACACUAGUUCUGAACUUGAUCUAAAUACUGCUGAUACAUUCCGAGAUCUUAGUAAACCAAUUGGAGCACUGAACAAAGAGAGGCUGGAGCGAUUAACGAUGCGUUACCAUGAAAUGCCAGAGCCAAAAUUUAUGUAUGGAAGCCACUACUCUUCACCAGGCUAUGUCCUGUUCUAUUUGGUCAGAGUUGCUCCAGAACACAUGCUUUGCAUACAGAAUGGGAAGUUUGAUCAUGCUGAUAGGAUGUUUAACAGUAUUGCAGAAACAUGGAAAAACUGCCUGGAAGGAGUUACAGAUUUUAAGGAGUUAAUUCCAGAGUUUUAUGGGAAUGAUUGGAGCUUCUUGCUUAACAGUUUGAACCUUGAGUUAGGAAAACGUCAAGGAGGGAAACUGGUGAAUGAUGUGGAGCUUCCGCCAUGGGCAUACGAUCCUGAAGAUUUUUUAAGGAAAAACAGAGAUGCAUUAGAAAGCUCAUAUGUUUCUGACCAUCUCCAUGAAUGGAUUGACUUGAUAUUUGGUUAUAAACAGAGGGGUAGCGAUGCUGUGGAUUCUCAUAAUGUGUUUCAUCCAGUAACGUAUGAAGGUGAAAUUGACUUUAACAGAAUUGAGGAUCCUGAUCAUAAAAUCGCUUUGUUAACACAAAUUUUGGAGUUUGGUCAAACACCAAAGCAGCUGUUUAGUAAACCUCAUCCAAAGAGAAUUUUUGCCAAGUCAAGAAGUGUUUCCCGUUCAUCCAGUCAGAAUAUCUCUUUAGUUGAAUCUCCAGCUUCUAUUAAUGAAGAGUGCUUUGAGGAUCUCACAGAAGAAAGCAAAUCCCUUGCAUGGAACAACAUCACAAAGUUUCAGAAAGAAAACGGGCAGAAGUUGCACAAAGAGACGAUUACUAGCAUUAGUGUGUCUUCAAAUGGAGCUUCAGUGUUUACAACAUCUCAAGACUCCACUUUGAAAAUGUUCUCUACAAGUCAAAUGGCUCUUCAAAGAAGUAUUUCAUUCUCAAACAUGGCGUUGUCAUCCUGUAUUAUUUUGCCUGGAGAUAAAACUGUUCUGUGUUCCUCCUGGGAUAACAAUGUAUAUUUUUAUUCUGUGGCAUUUGGAAGAAAACAAGACACCUUAAUGGGGCAUGAUGAUGCUGUUAGUAAAAUCCACUGGAGUAAUAAUCGACUUUGCACGGCUUCUUGGGAUUCUACUGUGAAGUUGUGGAAUUGUGAUCCUGAGAGUGUGUGCGGAACAAGAAAAAACAGUUUUGAAUUAAUGGGUGAAUUUGAGCAUGACGCAGGUGUGAACACUAUUCAUGUGAAUUCAGAAGGUUCUCUGUUAGUGUCUGGUACUAAAGAAGGCAUUAUGAGUAUUUGGGACUUGGCUACAGCCACUCUUUUGCAUCAGCUUCCAUGCCACAGAGGAACAAUUUAUGAUGUCGCAUUCAGUCCUGAUGGUAGACAUGUGCUUUCCUCUGGAGAAGAUGAGUGUUUAAAAGUAAUCGACGUUCAGACUGGGAUGCGAAUAUCCUCUUUACCCACUGGCGAAGUGCAAAGAUGUUUCCGCUGGAAUGGGCAAACUGUUCUUUCUGGAAACGAUUCAGGUGACAUGUUGGUUUGGGACCUACUGGAAGGACAGAUACUUGAAAGAAUGCAAGGACACUCCGAUGCUGUAACAAGUAUGUGGAUAAAUGAAACUUGCAACAGUAUGAUUACUGGAUCAGCGGACAGACAAAUUUUAUUUUGGAAAUUACAAUAUUGAACUCUUUGUACUAAAACGUACAUAAUUGAAACUUGAAGCUGUUUUUAAACUUUUUUUUAUUUUAUUUAUCUGAUAAUGUGCAGUGUUUUCUAUGUAUAUUACUCAAAGAACAGUGCCUUCUGUAUUUUUUAACCUGUGUUCAUUUUUAAAUACUUCUU